CUCGCGCUCGCUCCCGCAGAUGAACUCAGUCAGCAGAGCAGGUCCUCGUAUCCAACCCUGUUUAUUCUCUCGGAGCUGCGUCGUGUUGCCCUUAAAAAUCCCAGUGCGGCUUCAUUUCGCGGGUUUCUGCAGGAAUUUGCGGCCGUUUCGCAGGAGCCGCGCUGAAUUCCACCGGACACCGGUCGCGCUCCCCGGUUGCUGCAGGGACGGCGAAUCCUUUUUUUCAACUUUCAACACGAUCUUUGCUCAAAGUCCCGAAACAAAGCGCUGGGACAGGACGGAAGGUUAACGGAUUGCUCCCGGGAAAAGCGUGUUCCCAACCCACUGCGUGCUCCCCCGCUGUCGCCAUGAGCGCGUGCAGCAGGAAGGCCCUGACAUUGCUGAGCAGCGUCUUUGCAAUCAGCGGCCUGGGGCUGCUGGGAGUGGCGGUGAGCACAGACUACUGGCUGUACCUGGAGGAGGGCGUCAUCCUGCCUCUGAACCAGAGCACGGACAUCAAGACGUCGCUGCACUCGGGACUGUGGAGAGUGUGCUUCCUGGCUGGCGACGAGUCCGGCCGCUGCUUUACCAUCGAGUACGUGAUGCCCAUGAACGUCCAGCUGACGUCAGAGUCCACAGUGAACGUGCUCAAGAUGAUCCGCUCAGCGACGCCGUUCCCUCUCGUCAGCCUCUUCUUCAUGUUCAUCGGUUUUGUCCUCAACAACAUCGGACACGUCCGCCCCCAUCGCACCAUCCUGGCCUUCGUCUCUGGCAUCUUCUUCAUCCUCUCAGGUCUGGCUCUGGUGGUGGGUCUGGUGUUGUACAUCUCCAGCAUAAAUGAUGAAAUGUUGAAUCGGACUAAAAGCAGCGAGGCCUUUUUCACCUACAAGUACGGCUGGAGCUUCGCCUUCGCUGCCAUCUCCUUUCUGCUCACCGAGAGUGCCGGUGUCAUGUCCGUCUACCUGUUCUUGAAGCGAUACACAGCGGAGAUCUACCAGCCCCGUCACCCCAGCUUCUACCGCCCCCGUCUCAGUAACUGCUCCGACCAUUCGGGUCAGUUCCUGCACCCAGAGGCGUGGUCACGCGGGCGCAGUCCCUCCGACAUCUCGAGCGAAGCGUCGCUCCAGAUGAGCGCCAGCUACCCUGCUCUCCUCAAGUGCCCCGAAUAUGACCAAGUCUCCUCCUCCCCCUGCUGAGGGGUCAGAGGUCACAGCGGGGGCCCCGUAAAGGCCGCUAAAGAGUCACAGAACCUCCCUUAAGGUCCAAAGACCAGUUGUGGGCAAGAAAAUGAUACAGCUUAGAUAAAAACUGAGUUUGACGUUCUGAGAAAGUCACGUCGACUGUUACUCAUGGACUCGUUCCUGUUACGCUGGGUGUGAUGUUCAUAGGGUGAUGUUCAUAGGGUGAUGCUGACUGGGAAUAUAAUGUGGUCUAAAGUUCUACAAACAAUAAUACACGUGUGUCGCUUUGUUUUUUUGAUUCUGUUUACAUUGUAGCUAAAAAGAAAAAAUGUGGGGUAUUACAUUAUGUCUUGUAGCUGAGCGUUUUAGCUUCCAGUGCCUGAUAAACAUUUCUUUUUGUAAAUAGAGUCAGUCAAGAUUCAGAUUUGUUUCACACACAAACACUGGAUACUCCAUAUAAAAAUGUAAAAAUGUUUGUGUUUAAUAAAUACAUGUUUGUUGAUGGUGAAGCUACAGAUGUUUUAUACAAUGUCUGUAGACAGGUUGAAUAAAUGUUAAAUAAAUAUCACCAGCUCCUGUGGA